GGCCCAUAGUGCCGGCCGGCCCCGCCCUGCGCAGUCGCGGCCCGGUGGGUGAGUGUAAGGGGGUGGGGGUAAGGGGUCGGUGUAGCCCGAGCCUCCGGCCAGUCCUAGCAGGAAGCACCGCCGCUGCCGCGGAUCACCGAGCGGCCUCCCGCGCAUGCGCCAUAGGGGCCAGGGGCAGCCCUGGGGAUUCCGUUCCCAGAAGGCCCCGCGCGGGUCGCCGCUCCGCCGCCGCCGCCGCCGCCGCCGCCGCCGCCGCCGCCCGGACGGGAGAGGGGCGGGGUCAGGCCCCCCACCCCGCGGACCGCGAAGAACCAACGGGAGGGUCCGCAGUGCGCAUGCGGACACGCGCCUGCACCGCCCUCCCCCCUCCCCCGAUCAAUCCCCCAGGGAACAAACCCGUCCCUCCUCCCCGCGGGGAUCUGAGCUAAUUCCCGGUCCACCAAUGACCUCUCCCGGCCCGCCCCAAGACCGAGCCCCGGACGGCCAAGGAGAGCGGGAUUGCGGAAACCCCCAGUGCCUUCCCAAAGACGAGGCGCGGUACAGGCUGGGCCAGGAGUCCGAGGACCCGAGUGCGAAUCCCAACUUGGCCACUUUCUCCACCGGGGCGACCUAGAGCCAGUCACGCAACCUUCUCUGAUCCUCCCUUUCCUGAUCCCUAAAAGGAGGGCGUUGGGCAGCUCUUUAUCCCCCAGUCCCCCAGGACCUCCCUCCGCCUGUCAUCGACCCAGGGCGCACUGCCUCUGCGGGGAUGACAGAAGCUCAGCAUGUCUCCUAAGGCCAGAUCCUCGGCUGACCGAGAGAUAGUAAGCUCUAUGAGCAAAGGGACCACAUCUCAUCUCCCCAAGAGCCUAGGAGUACUUCGCACUCAGCAGACAUUUAAUGUUAUGUUGAAUUAAAGCACUUUAAAAAUUCAUUUCAAUAAACAUUUAUUAUAGGUGCUCAACCCACUGGUGUGCAAAAAUCACUGUGCCCUACAACUUCCCGGAGUCGUUACUUACUACUUACUGGACUAUAAACUGCUUAUUUAUCUUUCUCUCCUGCAUAAGCACGUUUAAUAAUCUGCUGAAGGAUGCAUUUGUUUUCCAUCAC